AUGGAUCAUUCUGUAAGCGAAGAGCAUAAUGGCAUAACUCAGGAUCCUAAACACAUCCUGGUAACAGAAAAUCCUGCCUUGAUUCCAGGCUUGUCAAGUGGCCUCCAAAACCAGGUGGUACAGGGUGAUGUUGACAAGGCAAAUGGACCCUUAGACCCUUCACUCUACAAUGAGCUCAACCAACAAUCUGUGUUUUACAGAAACUGGUAUCAGGUACAAAGUGAGCAACAAGGCCACCUAAUGAGACAGCAAAUGGAGCAUCUCCAACAUCUGAUGGAUCAGCAGCAGAAACUCAUGAAACUACUCAGCCUGCCCCCAGCUAGCCCAGGUGUUCCUGCUACAAAUUCUGUGUUGGUACAGCAUUUGCCAAAUGAGACAUCUCAGAGACAGGUCUCUGGACUUCCAUCUCAGGCUGAGGAUACAGAAACAAAUGUAGAUGACAGCAUCCCAGAGGAUGAAAGCUGUCCUGGGAAUCUUCCUCCAAUUAAAGAGAAUUGUGAGCAACCCACGGAGCAGAGCAUUGUAUCUCCUUUUGGAAUUGAGAGAAAUCCCAAAAGAACAGGGGGUCCAGAAGAAAGACCAAUCAGGCCUGGAAUUAGCGUGAGACAAAAAACCUUUGAAGAUUUUGUGGAAGAACAACUUAAAGUGGAUUCAGAAUCUGUUAAACAAGAUUCACAGAAUGUAAAUGAGGUGAAGGCAACAACUAAGAAGUCUUUCUUGAAGCGUGGUGAAGGUAUUGCACGAUUUGAGAAGAACAAAGACAUUGCACCCAAGGAGCAAAGCGUAUGUCCCAUUAAAGAAUCUGCUAAACAGUCUCCUUGGAAAGUCACCUUUGGCAGUCAUCGCCGGCUUUCUCUACCUGCGCUCUCCGAGGGCGAUAGUCUUCAGGUGAAAAAACGACCAGCUUUAAAAAAGCAGGUUAGCACCUCUGUCCUUUUGUCAUCCAAAGCGAAGAAGCCUCUCCCUACUAAUAGCUCCAUGAUGAGUGGUAGCAAGGACCAUAGGCAACAUGACAAACUGGAUGAGAUCAAAAACAGUACAGAUGAGGGCAUUCAAAGUGACAUAAAUGCUCCUGAACUGAUGAACAAGUUUGAGUUGUCCUGCAAACACUGCAAUGACAGAAACAAUGCAUGUCAGCAUUUAAAAGAGGGUAUUAAAACAGUUGGGGGGAAUAGUGAAGAGGAAACACAAGGACAUGCUCCUGGAAGUAAAAGUUUAAACUUCCAUAUUCUUGAAUGUCAGAAUUUGAUUCAAUUUGAAUCAAAUUUGCCGAAUCAGUCAAGUAACCACGUUCUUCCUGAAAGUAUAACAAAACUCAACCAAGAACAACAUGUAUGGCAGUCACAGGAAUCUGUCAAUGAACUUUCAAUGCCUUUCAAUACCUCUUCCUACCUGGCAUGUUCUCUGGAGCAACAAAAUAGCAACAGGGAUGGAGUUGUGAAGCAGGAUAUUGCACUUUUCCAGGAGCAGAUAGAGAAAGAGCAAGGUGACAAACGAAAUAACGCAGAUUCCAGCAAAGGUCUUGACAGAAAAAAAGUAGGCUUCAAAAAAUUAAAUGACCAAAUAGUACAAGUUGACGGUCUGCUUUACUGUAGUGAGAAUGUCCAAAACCAAGAAGUCCAAGAUGGGGAAAUGCACAGAGACACAAGCACAGGGUUAAUACUACAUACAAAUAAUGAGCAAAACGGAUUGAUUAUUGGUUUUAAAAGUAAGAAUGAGCAUCACAGAACAGCUCAUACUAAAGCCAGCAGUACAGAUACUGAGGAUGAUGACCCCAAAUCUCAGUGUCACCAACAACUAACAAAAGAGACGGCACAAAAGUACAACCACAUUGACAACCAUCUGGACUUGUCUGAUGAUGCAGACUACGCGAGCGACCUCCCAAGUGGACUAGAAGAUCUAGAGGUGCAAACAUUUCAAUGUUCUGCACACAGUAAAUCUUCUUUAGAGAAAUACAAUGUCCUGAGCAGCACCACUAGCAGCAGCGGUGAGAAUGAGAUUAGAGGACGCAAACCCAAUGCUCCGUUGAGGCGAUGUCUCUUCCCACACAAUAGGUCAACAAAGGAGAAAAGUAAAGUGCGGAGAAGAAAGUCCAAAUUCUCAAAGUCAAAUGCCGGUAGUUUGGUGGACAAUCAGCCUAAUGACUCCAAGCAAUCAAAUCUGGAGCAACCUUCAGCUAUUGACCUUGAAGGAAGAUUGCUCCCAUCUCCAAACUCCAAGCCAAAGGUUAUAAUGCAAUGUGAUCUUCUAGAACCUAAAGCCAUCAAUGAGAAAGUUCAAGACGGGGUUCAAUCCAAACUACUGCAAGACAAACUUCAACAGCUCGAAGCAGAAAUUGAUCGAUUCCGAGCAGAAAACAACACAUUAGUCAAAAUGAAGGAGGAACAAGAGCUGGCCAUGGAAAACCUGAGAAAGCGGAUGGAUCUGUUUGAACACAAGAAGACCGAAGAGAUGGCCCGUUUAGAGGAGUACAAGAAAGAAGAGAUGAAGAAACUACAGAAGGAGAGGAGGCUGUCUGAAAAGACCACAAUGGCAGCCAAAGCGAUGUUAGAUAGGAGAGAGCGGGAGGAGAUGGAGCUGUUGAAGCAGCAGCUUGGACAGCUCCAGGAAGAGCUGAGGAAAAACGAGUCUGGCUGGGCUACAUCCCACAACCACCUUCAAAACCAGAUACAAUUAUUGACCAAAGAAAACAAUGACCUACGGGGUGAGGUGAAGGCAAUAGAACACCAACGUCAAGAGGCCGUGAGGAAGGCAGAAACCGCUGCCCUUAUCAGCAGGAUAGCCGAAACACCGGUGUCAGAUGCCAUCCUUAAAGGUACAUUACAGCCAGUCUCCAGAAGUGCUAGAAGCCGUAGUUCAACACCUUGUGGGAGGAAAAUGACUUUUGACGGUAGACAGACACCAGUUGAUCCAGAGCUAAAGGCUGGGGGGAAAGCAGAGGUAAAGCUUGAAGCCCAGAAAAGGAGAUGAGAGAAAUCCAGGAAAGGGUUUCUGUCCCGUUUACAAACCCGAAGUGCAACUCCAACCGAACGGAGAAGGCUCUUCCAGAACAGAUCAACACCUGAUCUCGAGAUGAGCAUUCAGAGAGCCAAUUCAGCUCGUCAAAGAGGGCAUGACCGAAAGUCUCCUGUGCCCAGCUUAAAUCUCAGUGUGUUCCCAGAAACAAAUUCCACUCUCCAUGCCAGGGGCCCCCAGUCGUCUUCCAAUUCAGGCAGUUCAGAGGAUGUUCUUCACAUGCCAGCGCACUCCAUUGAGCAAAUGGUCGAGGAUGUGCCCUCUGCUAGGACUCCCAGGGCUGCUGCUAAACUGCCAGUGACUGAGACCAGCAGAACUAGGAGCACAGCGGAGACGGUGACCAGAUGUCGAGAGAAGCCUCCUAUCGGAUGUAGAAGUCGCAGUGCGACCCCAGUUGGGCGGAGGACACCAGUGGAUCGGAAACAACUGACCUUCGACCUUGAGCAGAAGAGUAUGCGGCCACACUCUGCCUUAUCAAGGAGAGAAUCUAUUUCUUCUAAGAGUAUCAUUACAAAUGAAGAUGUCCAAGAGGAAAUACAGUAUCCAGAUGGCAAGCUGGAACAGAUACUGGUAAAUGGAUGUCGAAUCAUCACUUUCCGCAAUGGCACGAGAAAGGAGAUCAGUGCAGAUGGCCAGUCUGUCACUGUCACAUUCUUCAAUGGGGAUGUGAAACAAUUCACACCAGACCAGAAAGUGAUUUACUACUAUGCUGAUGCAAAGACCACACACACCACAUACCCAAAUGGAAUGGAGGUAUUGCACUUCCCUAACAGCCAAAUAGAAAAGCAUCACCCAGAUGGUAAAAAGGAAAUAAGAUUUCCUGACCAAACAGUCAAAUAUUUGUUUCCUGAUGGCCAAGAACAGAGCGUCUUUCCAGAUGGUACGGUUGUGACUCUACAAACAAACGGAGAUAAAAUUAUCAAAUUUACUAACGGGCAGCGGGAGAUCCACACGUCACAGUACAAGCGGAGGGAAUACCCCGAUGGGACUCUGAAGACAGUGUAUUCCAAUGGGCGACAGGAAACAAAGUACUCAACGGGUCGUGUCCGAAUAAAAGACAUCGAGGGAAAUAUUAUUCUUGAUAAAAAGUAACGAGUAGAUUUUGGUUUCAUACCAUGCUGUGUGGUUUGUGUCUUCAGUGUAAGAUUGAAGAGAAACAAAAAUAAAUUGAAACACCUUGCUUCUGUUAUGGGGGAAACUUGAUGACAAUUUUGAAACAAGGAUCCUCAAAGGGCUUCAAAGAUGAACUGAGCAAGUUCCUGGAAAAUGAAACAAUUCAGGUUUAUUGCUUAUUGUUUAAGUGCUUCAGAGAAUAUAUC